AGUCACAGCUCAGCGAAGUAAAACGCAAAAACCAUAGAUCAUAAAGACCUUCUAAUAGCUAUUGAUUAACCAUGACAACUCAUGUCUCCAAGUCGAGCCAGGCCACCCAGGAAAAGAGGCCCCUGGAGGAGAGCCUUAGUAAUGGGGUGUCGGAUAUUGAGGUCUGGAAACGAGAACCCAGUCACAGAGUGUUUGUAAACAGAAGUUUGAAUCUAGACAAGAUCAAGUUCUUUGGUUUUGAUAUGGAUUACACACUUGCAGUGUAUAAAUCCCCUCAAUAUGAGACAAUGGGAUUCAACAUGUUGAAAGAACGUUUGAUAACUAUUGGUUAUCCAGCAAACAUCAAAGAAUUUGAAUAUGACCCCAAAUUUCCUUGCAGGGGACUGUGGUUCGACAAACAAUUUGGAAACCUGCUGAAAGUGGAUGCAUAUGGAAACAUUUUGGUCUGCGUACAUGGCUUCAAAUUUCUGAAAGGGUCAGAAAUAGGAGAAUUAUAUCCCAACAAGUACAUCAACCUGGAUGAGAAGAGAGUCUAUGUUCUCAACACGUUAUUUCACCUCCCAGAAACCUACAUGCUUGCCUGCCUGAUUGAUUACUUCACAACCAGUACAGAAUUUGAGAGGUCAACAGAGGGGGUGAGGUGUGGGGAGCUGUAUAUGUCCUACAAGUCGAUAUUCCAAGAUGUCAGGUCUGCGGUAGACUGGGUCCAUUUCUAUGGAAACUUGAAAACGGACACUCUGGCCAAUUUGGAGGAGUAUGUUCACAAAGACCCAAGAUUGCCUAUUCUACUUGACAGAAUUCGUGAAAGUGGCAAGAAGACCAUGAUUAUCACAAAUAGUGAUUACGAAUAUUCUAAUAAAAUAAUGGAAUAUCUGACAGACUUUCCAGAGACAAAAGGCAGGAAGUGGACAUCUUACUUUGAUUAUGUUGUUGUGGAUGCUAAGAAACCUUUAUUCUUUGAAGAAGGGACCAUCCUUAGAAAAGUAGACACUACUUCCAGUAAACUAAGUAUUGGUCACCAUAUGGGGAAACUUGAACAACACUGUGCAUAUUCAGGAGGGUCCUGUGAGGUCAUCUCUCAGAUGAUUGGUUCCCAGGGUAAAGAUGUCCUCUAUGUGGGAGACCAUAUAUUUGGAGACAUUCUGCGGUCUAAGAAGCAGAGAGGAUGGAGAACAUUUUUGGUGGUUCCGGAGCUCUCCACGGAGCUCCAUGUAUGGACUGAUCAGUCAGAACUGUUUAACAAAAUCAAAACCCUGGAACAAACCCUCAGUUAUAUCUACAAAAACUUGGACAGCAGUAAUUUGGAAAAACCAGACAUAACGAAUGUCCAGAGAGCCAUGAUGGACACAGUGCAUGAAUUAGACUUGUCGUAUGGAAUGCUUGGAAGUUUAUUCCGAAGUGGUUCCCGGUUAACCUUCUUCUCUUCACAGGUCCAGCGAUUUGCUGAUAUUUAUGCGGCUUCUGUCAUCAACCUUAUCCAUUACCCCUUUACCUACAUGUUCAGAGCACCUGCAAUGUUGUUGCCUCAUGAAUCGACUGUGUCACAUGAGACCACAGCACCGGCUGAUGACUUUACUAUCGCUAGACAACGAUCUGUGAGUUCUGGGUCCAAGUACGCCAAAGUUCACCACUUACCGCACUCUCGUCCUUCCACCCCGACAAAAGUCACCCAUCACCACGACGACGACGACUUCGAGGAGACCAGUAGUAACAGCAGUGAUAAAUCAUCGUAAUUAUUUCAGAUUUCUAUCACUCUGUGAAUUCGGGUUUCAAUGUGCAAUGAAAAUCAAUUCAGGAACAAGUUUGUUCACAUUGGUUGUCUUUACCAUUUGCCCUGAUUUUUUUUUUAUUAAGUACCUCUUAAGUAAGCUAACUUGAAGGCUGUGACAGUACACCUUUUAUUUAAUGAUUGCCUAAAACCAGUAGUGCUUAUAUUUCAAAGUAAUAUUAUGUUGAGUACAAUAUUUAUGUACAUUAUAUGUUAUGUUUUUGUAAACUGACUGGAUCUUUGUGUAUAUUUUUGUUCUUUGUAUGUUUGAUAUAGGUAUUUUUUAUUUUUGUCAUGCAAUUAUUUUCUUUCUUUGAAAUUCAAUUAUUGAAAGAGGUAUUUUUGAGUACACAUGUAUAUGCAAUGAUCUAGUCAAAUAUUUCACAUUUUUUCUGUAACUUUGCACUUUUAACCUGAUUAAUUGAAUACAUACAUGUACUAUGUGACAACAUUAACCUUUUACAGAUAAAUAUGGAGUUUUGAAUCUGUGCCAUCUGCUUUACAUAUGGGACCAUUUUGAUGCUGAAAAUUUUACUAUUUAUGAUUUUUGCUCAUGCACACCUUAAAAUAUCCCCCAGCCUACCUGAAUUUCAACAGUUGAAUGUGAAUUCAAAUAAAAGAAAUUCACAUAAAACAUAUACUACUCUUAUACCACUGAACUGAAAGCUAAAGUAUGGAAAAGAUGAUUUUAAAAUCAUUGUCAUUAUUUAGCAAGUCAGCAAUGAAAAAGAUAUUAUGAUUAAAGGAUUUUUUAAAAAGAUGUCAUUUUAAACAAGAUAUUGAGAGUCAAUUCAGUCAACUUACAUAUAAAUCAAACCUGCUUGUGCAAUAAGAACCUCCGUUGACCUCUCGUUUGCUAGCCACCAUCUGUAGAUCUUCAUUGUAGGCUCCACACACACACUGGACAUUGUGUAUAUCAUUGUCCAACCAUCAGGUAUUGCUUGAUUGUGGUGUUUUCAGUAUUUAAACUUUUAAUGUACAUGUAUAUGUAAUUUUAAUUAUCACAAGUGCAAUUACAAUUUUUGAACUAUUUUUGUCUUUUAUGAUAACCUUGUCUCCAAGUUUCACCAUACAGACUUGCAUUAUUUGUCAUGUUUGAUGUUAGUGUGUUAAGAUAGUUGUAGAAGUACAGUGAUGUUGUUGAUGUUUAUUAUAAAUUACUGUAUAGCUAUCUCAGAUAAAGGUACCAGGUACCUUUUUUUAUUGUAACAGAGAAAUCUAGCUAUGGUUUCUUGGGAAAAUACAACAUUUGCGAUGUGGACCAGUGGUCUUUGUUACAUGUGUCAAGAUCUUACAUUCUAUUUGUUAUACUGUUGUGUUUUUUUAAUUUCAGUAAGAUUUUAUUUUUUACCAGUAUGCUGUGACAUCUGAGGUGAACUGAGAGAGUUAUGAGAAAUUAUAAAAGUUUUAAUUAUAUAUGUUAUUUUAGGUUUUUAUUUAGUAUAGACAUAUGAUUGCAUAUUAGGUACUUAUUCAUGUACAUGUAUUUAUAAUAUUUAUUAUAUGCACAUUUCCAGGAGUUGAUAAUGUAGGCAUGUAUGAAUUAAAGGUGCUUCACUAGA